AUCCUUAAAAGUAAAGUCUGUACAGAGGCUUUUAGCUUAUAUAUAAUUUUAGUUAUAUAUAAUUUGGCUACGAAUAAUGGUACAAGUAAGGUUGAAGACUGGAAUAUCCUUAGGGGUCUUAAAAGGUUAAAAUUCGAAAAAUUAAAUUCAAAAAGAAAGCACUUCCAUUGCUUUGUUUCUCUACUCAAAUUCAUUAGUCUUUAUUAAGGAAUAAUACAAAGUAUCGGUAAGCUUUUCCCAUUCAAGUCUAGCAUGCUCAAUUAUGGCACAUGGAUGCGUAGAGUCUAUAUAUGGAUGGAAAAAUGCGGAAAAGAGCAAUACUUUCUGAAGCCACAGAAGACUGUGUGCACCAAGGUAUUUGAGCAGAGAAUGCUCAAAUCUACCGAAAGUCCUCGACCCAAACAUUUUCUGAGAUCCAAGAGGUUCUACGGCUACACCUUUGUGAUUGGCAGUCUCUUCGGCGCCACCAUAUGGGCUGUGUACGAGCUGGGAAAGCCAGUAGUGGACCAUCGUGGUCCCCUCGAUGAUGAGUUUAGUGAGCUGCCCUGGGUUCGGCAGUACCUGAUGAGGAUGUGGCACUCGUUGCAGUAUUACACGAAAAUGCUGGAGUCACCCGUGACAACGAAGUUGCUGCCGGAUAUCUUGCCGCCUCCCUACAUACAGCCUCCGUAUACGUUGGUGCUGGAGAUAAGGGAUGUGCUGGUUCACCCGGACUGGACAUAUAAGACUGGUUGGCGGUUUAAGAAGCGUCCGGGCGUUGACUACUUCCUGCAACAGUGCAGCAAGAACUUUGAGAUUGUGAUUUACACUUCAGAGCAGGGCAUGACCGCCUUUCCCCUCAUAGAUGCCUUGGAUCCCUAUGGCUACACCACUUACCGUUUGGUCCGUGGGGCAACAAAAUUUGUGGAGCGGCAGCAUAUCAAGGACCUAGACUAUCUUAAUCGGGACUUGAGUCAUGUCAUUGUGGUGGACUGCGAUCGAAAGGCGACUCCCCUGCAUCAGGACAACGUGUUCGUGAUGCCCAAAUGGCAGGGAAACGAUGACGAUGUGCAGCUCUUCGACCUGACAGCUUUCCUUCAACUGGUGGCUGAGCACCAGGUGCCCGAUGUGCGAGAAGUACUCCAUUAUUACAGUCAGUUUGAGGAUCCCAUUGAGCAGUUCAAGGAGAACCAACGGAGGUUGCAGGAAGAAAACCAGGAGAGCGUUCCGUCGACUUCGAGCAAUCCACGAAAAUGGUCAUUCGCUUUGAUGGGACGAUCCUGGCGAGGCUCUUCGAAAUAGGAACAACCUUUUCCCGGGUUCUUUACUUCCGGCCAAAUAUACUUUACAUCAACAAAGAGAGGAAUUAGAGACUAUAACUAAAACGCUUAUUUUACAAUCAGAUCAGGCGACAAUUUUUAAAUAACAUUUUUAACAAAGUAAUAAGUUAAAUAAAAUUCUGUGGGUCUUAUUUUAUUAGG